CAAACUUGAAGGGGAAACCUCGAGAGGAGAUACCCCAUAUUUUGGCCCAGCCCGCUUUUCGCCUCCGAUAGUCGGAAUAACUGUUCCCUUGCUAUGACUUGCAUGGUUGUCACCUCAACCACACUCGCACAAAUAUGCGAUGGCACCCGGUAAGAACCUGAGGGUGAGUAGGACCCAAAGUUUUUUGUUUGCUCUCCGUGCAGCAUCACAGCGAAAGGGGGCUGACCUGUCUUCAGACAGUGAGUCAACAGCAAUCGGCCACUCCACAACAUCACCCGGAAAACGCAGCUUGUGACCUCGCGGUGUCCUACUCACAUAUUGACAGCAAAUGAAGAUAGAGCAGACGUGAAUAGCCGUACUGAGACAGAACAUCUCGACGUUUGACAAAUGUCACAACUUGAGCUUGGGGAAUCAAUCCCCCCCCAUACAGCCCAUGCUGUGAGUGUCUCUCUGCCAACAUGGAGGUCGAACAUUGGUUAUGAAGAGGGCCAGGACUGGGUCGUUGGCCGCAUGUCGACCGGCUAUCCUCGCUUUUUCAUCCACCGGAGCAUCCAAUCCUUUGCCGCAGACAUCGUCGCAAGGUUCGGGCGCCAAGGAUCCCAGGCCUUUCUAUUUCCGACGCGCCAGAUCGCUGCCCGCUGUGUGUCUUUCGUGAAGGCCCACGCGCCUCCUACAGCGGUAGCCUCGCUUGAGACUGUCCACCUCGUCCUAGACACGACGAACCCGAACCAUGAAGUCUUGGCGUCGCUCGCCCCCACGAUAUCCGCUGUGCUCUGCUCCCAGGAGGCUUUUCCCUUUCUUAAGCAGUACUGGCAGCACACGGGUGACGGUGUGUCCAGCCGCAGGGCUGAGUUCUGCCACACCCUCUUCAAGGACGGCCUACUCCGGCCGGACAACGAGGCCACGAUCCCAGUCCCCGCAAGUCCCAAGCCGUGUCGGGGCCCGAAGCGCUAUCAGCGGCCGUCAUCCUUCGACACGACAAAAAGAGCCGCCCCAUCUCCCCGUUCCAGUCCCGACAGGGAACUGGCGGCCGGGCCCGACGUGCAGGAGACGUCGCGCUUUCUGGAGGAGCGCUUCGGCAGGAACCUCGAUCUCUCUUUCGUCCAACCCGCCAGGUCUGCCAUCAAAAGGAGGAUCGCGGGCGCUCUGCGCAGCAACGGUGAGCUCACCACCGCCCCUCCGCCGGAGCACGAGAUGAAGUCGAACUCGCGCGGUGUUGGCAACCUCAGGGAGGAAGAUAUCUACCUGUUCCCAUGUGGCAUGAGCGCCAUCUUCAACUCACACCGGGCUCUGCUCGACGUCCGCGGCAGUCUGAAGAGCAUCAACUUCGGCUUCCCCUAUGUAGACACGCUCAAGAUCCUGGAGAAAUUCGGCCCCGGUGCAGUAUUCUAUGGUCAUGCCUCCGACUCGGACCUCGAUGACCUGCAGAGACGUCUAGAGGGCGGCGAGCGCUUCCUCGCCCUGUUCUGUGAAUUCCCGGGCAACCCGCUCCUGACAUGCCCCAAUCUCGUCCGUAUCCGGCAGCUCGCGGACAAAUACGAUUUUGCCGUCGUGGUCGACGAGACCAUCGGCACGUUCGCCAACGUCAACGUACUUCCCUUCGCCGACAUCGUCGUCAGCAGCCUGACCAAGAUCUUCUCAGGCGACUGCAAUGUGAUGGGCGGCAGCGCCAUUUUCAACCCCAACAGCCGGCAUUACUCGUCGCUGAAGGCGUGGGCGCGCACCGAGCAUGAGGACACAUACUGGCCCGAGGACGUCAUGUUCAUGGAGCGGAACAGCCGUGAUUUUGCCUCUCGCAUCGAUAGGAUCAAUGCCAACGCCGAGGCCAUCUGCCACGUCUUCCGGGACAGCCCGUUGGUCAAGACCGUCUUCUACCCGAAGCACAACGAGUCGAAGGCCAAUUACGAGGCCUGUAGGCUUCCGAAUGGCGGAUACGGCGGCCUACUCUCGGUCGUUUUCCGUCACCAGGACCAGGCCGUGGCCUUCUAUGACGCCAUUGCCACCGCUAAGGGCCCGAGUCUGGGAACAAACUUCACCCUCGCCUCACCCUACGUGCUCCUAGCGCAUUACCAGGAGCUGGACUGGGCUGAAAGCUUUGGCGUUGACCGUAACCUAAUCCGCGUCAGCGUUGGGCUGGAAGAGACCGAAAAUAUCGUCAACGUAUUCAGGGAUGCGCUCAAGGCGGUCGAGGAGAGGCCUAGAAACCACCACGAAUAACCGGACGCAAGACCAUGUGCUGGAAAAUAAAAAGAUUAUAUCAUUCAUACAUUACUUUGGGUAUCGUGCC